CGAGGCUGGGAAGAGCGGGGAGCUGCCCGGGGGCAGCCUCGGCUCCCGCCGCCUGAGCAUGGGCAUCCUCUUCACCCGGAUAUGGAGGCUGUUCAACCACCAGGAGCACAAAGUGAUCAUUGUUGGCCUUGAUAAUGCAGGAAAAACGACUAUACUUUAUCAGUUUUCCAUGAAUGAAGUGGUGCAUACAUCCCCAACCAUAGGAAGCAAUGUGGAAGAGAUAGUGGUUAAUAAUACGCGCUUUCUCAUGUGGGAUAUUGGAGGCCAAGAGUCUCUUCGCUCUUCAUGGAAUACAUACUAUACAAAUACUGAAUUCGUUAUAGUUGUUGUGGAUAGCACAGACAGAGAGAGAGUUUCUGUAACUAAAGAAGAACUUUACAAAAUGUUAGCGCACGAGGAUUUGAAGAAAGCAGGACUACUUAUCUUUGCUAACAAGCAGGAUGUGAAAGACUGCAUGACAGUAGCUGAAAUUUCCCAGUUUCUGAAGCUAACAUCAAUUAAAGAUCACCAGUGGCAUAUCCAGGCAUGUUGUGCUCUUACUGGCGAAGGAUUGUGCCAAGGACUUGAAUGGAUGAUGUCAAGACUCAAGAUCAGAUGAUUUUUACUCUGCACUGACAUUGUACAGAAAAAAGUGCUUCAUCUUUGGUUAUCUUGACAGCUUUGAAAUUAAUGGCUUACACUUAUUUAUAAAUCAAAACUGAAUU